ACUUUUCAAGUUUUGAAGUCUCUCCCCAUCGUGUCUUUUUAUUUGAAUCUUGCUCAAUUGAACCAUGAGAGCAUAUGUUGUUAAAGAAUGGAUUCAUCCGUCAAAGCUCAGUCUCACUCUAGACGCUCCUGACCCUCAGCCUGGUCCAGAGGACGUGCUCGUCGAUAUCUUCUCUGCCGCACUAAACUUCUUCGAUAUUCUCCAAGUUCAGGGAAAGUAUCAAGUCAAGCCUCCUUUCCCCUUCGUCAUGGGCACCGAAUUCGCCGGGAAAAUCGCGUCAAAUUCACCCAUUCCUAGGGGCUGUUCUUUCAAGCCUGGCGAUAGAGUAUUUGGUAGUGCUCAAGGUUGUUUUGCGGAGAAAGUAGCAGUUCAAUGGGAGCAUGUCCACUUGCUACCAGACAACCUGACGUUUGACCAGAGUGCUGGACUGUUUCUCACUUGGCCUACGAGCUACGAAGCUUUGGUCGGUAGGGCCGACUUGAAACCCGGCGAAUGGGUCCUUGUCACCGCCGCCGCCGGAGGGGUGGGAAUCGCCGCUGUUCAGCUCGCCAAAGCACUCGGUGGUAAUGUCAUUGCUGCUGCCGGAUCAGCAGGCAAGCUUGAAAUUUGUAAAAAGUAUGGGGGCGCAGAUUACACGGUCGAUUAUACCAAACCUAAUUGGCAAAAGGAGGUGCUCAAGAUAACUGGCGGUAAAGGUGUCGAUGUUGUAUAUGAUCCUGUGGGUCGCAUUGUAGACUCACUUAAAUGUAUUGCGUGGAAGGGCAGAGCUCUAGUGAUCGGUUUUGCUGGUGGUAACAUUGAAAAGCUACCUCUGAACUUAGUUCUACUAAAAAAUAUCACAAUUAUGGGCUUACACUGGGGCGCAUAUACAACAAAGGAGCCUUCUCGCGUUCCAGUAGUGUGGAAAGCAUUAAUGGACUUGUUUGCAACAGGUCGUGCAAAGCCAGUGAUUUAUGAUAAAAUAUACACGUUAGAAAACGUAAUGGAUGGGAUGCGAGCAUUGGAAACGCGGGAGACGUGGGGUAAAUCUAUCGUACGUAUCAGAACAGAAGACAACAAAAAAGUGAUUGCAAAACUCUGACAGUGGUAUACUUAUAAUAUGUAUAUUUCGUGUAUGUGUAUUCUUCCUAUGUAUCUUGUACCUCAUUUGCAGUGCUACCGUUAAGUUCGCGUGGUGCUUUGAUAGUUAAAUCUUGAAGUAUAAGGUGGCAGUGAUUUUGCGCCACAGACUAAUCCUUA